AUGACGACUGCAGACCAAGACAGGAAUGGUAGUUCUAAUUAUCACAAUCUUGAGAUUCAGAAGCUUUUGAAGAAGUUGAACAGACCACCUGUUAAAUCCAUAAAGAUGAGACCAAGUUUUCACCCUGAAAAGAGUAUGCUUGAGAAAAGUGAAGUGUCUGCAAAAUUGCAACCUGUUGCUCAAUUAUGGAAACAGAGUGGAAGUUGCCCAGAAGAAACCAUUCCCAUAAGAAGAAUAGGAAAGGAAGACAUAUUGAGGGCAAAAUCUAUCCAACAAUUUGGAAAGAAGAAUCUCAAGAACAUCCCUCAACAUGGAUCAUUUGAAACUCAAUCCAAACACCAGUUUGCUGCAGUUUAUGUAAAAGGAGAUAAAUAUUAUGGAGGCAUGGCAACGAUGAACGUUUGGAAUCCCCGUGUUCAAGAGCACAGUGAAUUUAGUGACUCUCAGAUCUCAAUUCUAAACGAUAACAUUGGUGAAGGUUAUAAUAGCAUUCAAGCUGAUUGGCAGGAUGGUUCAGGUGAAAAUGCUAGAGGGUGUUAUGAUCUUCUUUGCUCUGGCUUUGUUCAAGUGAACCAUCAAGUAUCUCUACAUAGAGUGAUAACCUUCUACAUAUGUGGCUUCCAAGUCUCAGCUUCUCAAUAUAUUGCAUUGCACAGUUUCAAGUCGGGAGAAAUCUCAAAGGGCAAAGAGAUGCCACAGUUUAUCAGGAAUAUCGUGUGCGUUUUGAGCAUUAAUUGGCAUGGUUUGAGCAGCAGCCUCGAUGCAUUCACAGGCAGUCUUCCUAUCUUCCUCGGCGUCGCCGCUGCCGAUACCAGAGCUUUGGCUCCGUCACAAUACGCCGGCAGCGGCUUCGCUCCACUGGGCCUGGUCAAGUACUCUCGUGGCAUGGCUUCAGAUACCCAGUCGCUUGGUCACAUGUAA